AGGAGGUGACUGACUGGGCAGCUCACCCGGGAGCUAGCAGCGGCGGCGGAGCGAGCGGGCCCUGAGCUGACAGAUACACGGCGCUGCCGGGACGGCGGGCGAGUGCGGGCGCAGCCAUGAUCACCUCAGCCGCUGGAAUUAUCUCUCUUCUGGAUGAAGAAGAACCACAGCUCAAGGAAUUUGCACUUCACAAACUGAAUGCAGUCGUCAAUGAUUUCUGGGCAGAAAUUUCUGAGUCUGUAGACAAAAUAGAAGUUUUGUAUGAAGAUGAAGGUUUCCGGAGUCGGCAGUUUGCAGCCUUAGUGGCAUCAAAAGUAUUUUAUCAUCUGGGGGCUUUUGAAGAGUCUCUGAAUUAUGCUCUUGGAGCGGGUGACCUCUUCAAUGUCAAUGAUAACUCGGAAUACGUGGAGACUAUUAUAGCAAAAUGCAUUGAUCACUACACCAAACAGUGUGUGGAAAAUGCAGAUUUGCCUGAAGGAGAAAAAAAACCUAUUGACCAGAGAUUGGAAGGCAUCGUGAAUAAAAUGUUCCAGCGGUGCCUGGAUGAUCACAAGUAUAAGCAGGCUGUCGGCAUUGCUCUGGAGACGCGGAGGCUGGAUGUCUUUGAGAAGACCGUAUUGGAGUCGAAUGAUGUCCCUGGAAUGCUAGCUUAUAGCCUCAAGCUCUGCAUGUCUUUAAUGCAGAAUAAACAGUUUCGGAAUAAAGUACUGAGAGUUCUAGUCAAAAUUUAUAUGAACUUGGAGAAACCCGAUUUCAUCAAUGUUUGUCAGUGCUUAAUUUUCUUAGAUGAUCCUCAGGCUGUGAGUGAUAUCUUGGAGAAACUGGUAAAGGAAGACAACCUCCUGAUGGCAUAUCAGAUUUGUUUUGAUUUGUAUGAAAGUGCUAGCCAGCAGUUUUUGUCAUCUGUAAUCCAGAAUCUUCGCACUGUUGGCACUCCUAUCGCUUCUGUUCCUGGAUCCACCAAUACGGGUACUGUUCCGGGAUCAGAGAAAGACAGAUCGCCUACACAUUCUGCUCAGAAGAGAGUUGUCAGAUUAGUGACUGCUGGUUCUCUUCAUUUUAGUGAGUCGAUGGAAACAGAAGAAAAGACAGGCAGUGCCCUUGUAGGAAAGACACCAGAAGCGAGCCCAGAGCCCAAGGACCAGACUUUGAAAAUGAUUAAAAUUUUAAGUGGUGAAAUGGCUAUUGAGUUACACCUGCAGUUUUUAAUACGAAACAAUAACACAGACCUCAUGAUUCUAAAAAAUACAAAGGAUGCUGUACGGAAUUCUGUAUGUCACACUGCCACUGUUAUAGCAAACUCCUUUAUGCACUGUGGGACUACCAGUGACCAGUUUCUUAGAGAUAACUUGGAGUGGUUGGCCAGAGCCACUAACUGGGCAAAAUUUACUGCUACAGCCAGUUUGGGUGUAAUUCAUAAGGGUCACGAGAAGGAAGCGUUACAGCUAAUGGCAACGUAUCUUCCCAAGGACACUUCUCCAGGAUCAGCUUAUCAGGAAGGUGGAGGCCUUUAUGCAUUGGGUCUCAUCCAUGCCAAUCAUGGUGGCGAUAUAAUCGACUAUCUCCUUAACCAGCUUAAGAAUGCCAGCAAUGACAUCGUUCGACACGGUGGCAGUCUGGGUCUUGGUUUGGCUGCCAUGGGCACUGCGCGCCAGGAUGUAUAUGAUUUGCUAAAAACAAAUCUUUAUCAGGAUGAUGCUGUGACAGGGGAAGCAGCUGGUCUGGCCCUCGGCCUGGUUAUGCUGGGUUCUAAAAAUGCCCAGGCAAUUGAGGACAUGGUUGGCUAUGCACAAGAAACUCAGCAUGAGAAGAUUCUUCGUGGUCUUGCAGUUGGCAUUGCGUUAGUGAUGUACGGGAGGAUGGAAGAGGCUGAUGCUCUCAUUGAAUCUCUCUGUCGGGAUAAGGACCCAAUUCUUCGACGGUCUGGAAUGUAUACCGUAGCCAUGGCUUAUUGUGGCUCGGGUAACAACAAAGCUAUUCGACGUCUGCUCCAUGUUGCUGUAAGCGACGUUAAUGACGAUGUCAGAAGAGCGGCGGUAGAAUCGCUUGGGUUCAUUCUGUUCAGAACCCCUGAACAGUGCCCGAGUGUUGUUUCGUUGUUGUCAGAGAGUUACAACCCUCAUGUGCGUUACGGAGCUGCAAUGGCCCUGGGGAUCUGCUGUGCUGGUACAGGAAACAAGGAAGCAAUUAAUUUGCUAGAACCAAUGACAAAUGACCCCGUGAAUUACGUGAGGCAAGGAGCUCUCAUAGCUUCAGCUCUCAUCAUGAUUCAGCAGACCGAAAUUACUUGUCCAAAGGUGAAUCAGUUCAGACAGCUGUAUUCCAAAGUCAUCAAUGAUAAACACGAUGAUGUAAUGGCCAAGUUUGGUGCUAUUUUGGCCCAGGGUAUACUAGAUGCAGGUGGUCAUAAUGUCACCAUCUCCUUACAGUCCAGAACUGGACACACCCAUAUGCCUUCUGUAGUUGGCGUCCUUGUCUUUACCCAGUUCUGGUUCUGGUUUCCUCUUUCACACUUCCUGUCAUUGGCUUAUACUCCUACCUGUGUCAUUGGCCUUAACAAGGACUUAAAGAUGCCAAAAGUUCAGUAUAAAUCCAACUGUAAACCAUCCACAUUUGCAUAUCCUGCGCCUCUGGAAGUACCAAAAGAAAAAGAAAAGGAAAAGGUUUCUACUGCUGUAUUAUCUAUUACUGCCAAGGCUAAAAAGAAGGAAAAAGAAAAAGAGAAAAAGGAAGAGGAAAAAAUGGAAGUGGAUGAGGCAGAGAAAAAGGAAGAAAAAGAGAAGAAAAAAGAGCCUGAGCCAAACUUCCAGUUAUUGGAUAACCCAGCCCGAGUUAUGCCUGCCCAGCUUAAGGUCCUAACCAUGACAGAGACUUGUAGAUACCAACCUUUCAAACCACUCUCCAUUGGAGGCAUCAUCAUUCUGAAGGAUACCAGUGAAGAUACUGAAGAGCUGGUGGAACCUGUGGCAGCCCAUGGCCCAAAAAUCGAGGAGGAGGAACAAGAGCCAGAACCCCCAGAACCGUUCGAGUAUAUUGAUGACUAAGGGCCAGAGUCUCUCCUGUGCUCAUCCGAAGAAGAUUGUCCAGGCUCGUAUUGGAAACGCCUGUGAGGACAUUCGAGCUGAGACCUGCUAUCCAAUGCAUGUAUCAUCGCCUCUGUGCUGACCUGAACAAACUUGUCUCCAAGUCUUUGGUUGAAGAGAAGAUAUAUGACUAUUUAGUGUGCUCUUUCACAGAACUUGGUUUUCAAAUAAAUAUAUUAAAAUCUCCAGAUGAACAAAGA